AUGAAAAGUUUUGGUCGUCCAAAUCUGAAAUUUCUUAAUAAACUUCAUGAGUCAAUAUCUUAUUCGUUUUACUGCGUUUUCAUCUUAAAACAAUGGAAUAAAAUUGCAAUAUUUAAUCCGUUUUACACAAAAUACUUGAGGGUAAAGAGAAACCUUGUUUUACGAAUCACCACCGACGAGUUCAUUAGCGCAACUAAAGCCUUUUGCUGUAGCUUCGGUGGAAAUUUAAUGAACGACAAACCCAUGAACGGUGGUGUAGAGGGUGAGAUAAAAAUGUUUGUAGGUGGUUUUUUGGAAAGCUUUGUAGCGUUCAUUUUCAUUAUUCAAUCACACAACAAGAAUGAAACUAUUUCUGAAUUAAUGGUCUGCAUAGCCUGUAAGUAUCAUGUACCUGCAAUGAUAAAUCCCAACAUUGAUAUUCGACUUGUUUGA